AUGGGCGGCCCCGGUGCCGCGGGAGAGUCCAAGCCCCUGAGGCGGCCGGACGUCCGGGCGUCUGUUGGUGGCCCCUCCGUGGGGACGGAGGCGGCCGCGUCCUCUGGGGUGGUGGCCGAGGGGGAGAGGGGGGUCGCGGGGGGAGGUGAGCGUCCAGGGGAGGCGCGGAAGUCCCAGCCCACCUGCGAGGCCAAAAGGCUUGGCCCGGAGGAGGCGACAGGGCAAGGCUUGGGCUGGACGGGGCGGCUGGCCUGGUGCGGGCGCCCUGGCCACGGGGCCAGGGAGAAGCCAUGGAGCUUGGGCCAAAAGGGGGUGCGUGCCGAAGCGCUGCCGAGGCCCCUGCCUGGCCACCGAGAGCCACCCGCCCGCCCUGCCAAUCCACCUGCCCCGCCGGCAGCGCCCUCAAAACGCCGUGCGCCUCCUCCCCUUCCACCGCCGCUCAACCUGGGGACCCGCUCCGGCCUCAGCACCUCAGCACGCCGGCCUCCCGCGCUCCGGGCUCCCGGCUGCCACCGGGCCUGGCCACCGGGGUCCUGGAGACGUGCAAAAGGUUGGCCAGCUGCGUUGGCCGGGAAUCGAACCCGGGUCAACUGCUUGGAAGGCAGCUAUGCUCACCACUAUACCACCAACGCUGCACAGCCCGGGCCGCCCCCAGACGCACGCCCAGGGUUCGGCCCCGGCGUCUGCACCCGCUCUGGUCACCGCCUCUGGUCACCGCCUCGGCGGCCCAGCGCGCCUCGGCCCUGCCCCGACGACCCGCCCAUCCACAGCGCCGCGCUGCCGCACGGGCCAGCAGCGGCCGCCCGCCGUCCCACCCGCGCCAGCCCCACGCGGCUGGGCGGCUCCGUGGGCCCGCCCGCCUGCCAGCCAACCGCCUCUGGGGGGCGCUGGCGCCGCCCGGCCGCUCCUGGUACCACCCCCCACCCCCCACCCCCCUUUUGCCGGCCGGGAAACCCCGUCCCCCGAGAUCCGCGUCCUUCCGACCACGUGCUCGCCCCCGGCGUUCUCCACAGGGUGCUGGGGGAGGCCACAUCCCGCGCCCACGGAGGACCCGACACAACCGAGGCCCCCCCCCCCCGCCGGACCGGGCAGCGUCGAAUCACCGGGGAGCCCGGGGCGGCCGGCCACUCGUCAGGCGCCCUGGGCACGACGGAAGGCCCUGGCUGGACUGUGGCGAGCCCGCAGGCGCGCGGCCCCGACGCCGAGGAACGCAAAAGGGUGGCGGUGGUGGACGGGGAGCAGGCGGGCGGCCGUCGUGGCCCUGGCGGCCUCUGGCCGCACGCUGGAGGAAGGAGGACAAGCGGGGAUACUCACCACUAUACUAACGAGGACGGCGGCGGCCAUCCGGCCGCCCGACCCCUCUGCGCCUGCCUGCCCACGCCUACCCCUGCCCUCGACGCCCCGCCUUCCAUCGGCGCCCGCCGCCUGCCGCACCGGACCCGACCCCAAACCAACGUCGUCCGCCAUCCCAGCAGCCCCACUGCCCGACUCGGGGCGGACCCCGCACCCGGACGCCCGCCCAAUACUCCCAGGGCGCCGCGGCCUCUGGCCUGCCAGGCGGGGAUCGCGCGGGGAGAAGCCGCCCCACAGGACAAGCGAGGCUGCGACCAGGAGGACGGGCGCCCACGAAGGGCAGAGGCCGAGGAGGGCGAGGGGGAGGAGCGGGGGGUGGGGUGGGGCGGGGAGCUGCCAGAGAGGCGGGCCCGACGCCGCCCUCUGGGUGCGCGGUCGGGGCUGUGCGAGGGCGGAGGCGCCAGGCGAGUCGGCGGGCUGUGCUCCCGCUCGGCGGCGGCGCGCGUCCCCUCGCUGGCGCACACACGCCGCCGCCAGCCUGCGGCAGCCUUGGCGCCGGGUCCCAGCCAGGCGAGCGGCGACGCGCUCAGCCCCGUCGUCAGGAUGGCCGAGCGGUCUAAGGCGCUGCGUUCAGGCUCGUGCCCGCAUGAACAGUGCCUCGCUCUCAGAGCCGUGCGCCUCCGCCACCGGGAGCAGCCGGUGGCCCGCGCCGCCCACGAGCCUUUUCCACCUGGACGCCUUCCCCUGGCCACACCUGCCUGCCUCCGGCCGCGGACCCAGGUGGCCCAGCCACCUGCUGGCGGGCCCACCACGCGGCCCUGCCGUCAGUGGGCCUGGCCCAGGAGUCCAACCCGGCAUUAUUGCUCCUCCCCCGAGCGCUGGGCGGAAGGAAGCCCUGCAUCCCCAGGCCUCCCACCUGGGCGCCCCAAGCCCGGCCCGCCCGGCCAGAACCCGAGGACCCCAGCGCGCUCCCUCAACGCGCUCCCUGUCCGCCAGCUAGCCAGCAGCGCCUCCGCCAGCGCUCCUGCCUCUCCACCACCGGCCCGAGUUGGACCCCCAGGGAGAGCUCCCGGCCAGAGCUCAGACACCUCGCUUCGCUCUCCUGGCCUCAGCGGUACUCGGCGGCGCCCGCGGCGCUCGGGGGCCUCCAUGUCCUAUGCACGACACGCGUGCGGCGCGCACGAGCCCCCGCAGACACCCACCCCACCACCCACACACCCCCACCCACACUCCCGCCACUCCACGGCACCCCACGUGCGCACACACGGCCGCGGCUCCGUUCCCCAGCCCCGCGGGAUCGCGCCCACACGGCCCGGGAGGGAAAGCCAUCCGCCAAUGGGCCUUUGGGGUGGGCGGAGAGUAGCUGCCCAAGGGAACGGCGGCGCUCAGCGGCACCUGCCCCAGACGAUCGCCCGCGGUGGGUGGUGUUGGGGCUCUGGCCCGGCUUCCUCCGGCUCCUGGCUUCCGCGGGCGACCCCGGCAGGGCAGCGUCUGGCGGCGGCCCUGGACCAGGGAGAAAACGCAGGAGGAGCCUAG